AUGGUUCCCAAGGCUUCUUUGUCCAAGGAGAAGGGUGACCCGACCACGCCCAAGAAGGAGGCGUCCGGCACCCCAAAGGCUCCCAAGACUCCCAAAGCCCCAAAGACUCCCAAGACCCCGAAGACCCCCAAGUCUGAGGACAAGGACUUGCAGUUCCUCUGGACCUGCAUUCAAAACACCGGACCUAACGGCAGCGUCAACUACAAGAAUGUCGCUGAAUUCUACGGCAUCAAGAUCCCUACCUGCCGCAUGCGCUUCACUCGUCUGAAGACCCGCCUUGAGGGCAUGCCCAAGCCUGUGCCUGAGGACGAGGGUGUGGCCGCUACGGAGGACGAGGGCCAGGCGGAUGCUGAUGGCAGCACCAGCCCUACCUUCGAAGAUAUCAUGCAGGAGGUGUAG